AUGCACGAUGAACAAUUAUUUCAUUUGCAUCGGAGAACUCUUCUUCGAGGAACAGACUAUGGGAUGAGCGACAACGGCACCGACCGUGAGUCGGUCAACGAUGAUAAAAUCGAAAACGACGAUCUACAGCAAGAUUCUGGAUCUGAAUACCAGAGCGAAGAAAACUCCAGCGACGAUGAAGUACGCUCGACACGCAGUGGACGUAGCGAAAGAAGUGAUCGGUCACAGAAAUCCGAAUCUGGCAAGAAGACAAUUGCUAGAAAGCCAGUAUUGCCUCAUGUCACCAAAUCAACAAAGGCGACCUACAGCGAGGCUUACCGAGACAUUUAUAAUGAACACGUCGAGGAGCUUGCACGACCUUUUCAAUCUGUUACUCAUGCUCUACCACCAUCUGAGAUCGGUGUGGCUAUGUGGACACCUCUCGAAAAAGAGAUUUUGUUCCAAAGAAUAUCUGUCCUUGGGAAGGAUAACAUCAAGGCCAUAUCCGACGCACUAAGGACCAAAUCAGAGCCAGAAGUUCGCCAGUAUCUCUCAUUACUCGAUCAAGGUACGGCCGAGGGCAAUGUGACAAAAGCUUUGCCUGUGUUCUCUGCUGCGGAUGUGCCAGGUGCUUUUGAGGUGAGCAAGCAGUCUGAAGCAGUGCUCGAGGAGUACGCAGAUGGUCUUGCCAAAUAUCAGACCAAGAGCGAUGCAAAGCGGGAGAAAAAACGACAUGGCGAUUACUGGCUUCUGACGCAGGAGCUUGCUCAGGAGGUCGAGGCACAGGUGAGAUCGCAUGAUGGAUCGUACGUGAUGUCAAAGCUAGACCACGAGGAACAGGACGAAGAAGUCGUCGACGAUGCCAGAGCCGAAGAAGACGCUCUCAUCGAAGCCUCCGAAGAAGCCAAAACAGAUGAUCUUGAUCCCAAAACAGGCCCUGAAGCUGACGAAGAUACCCUGGAAACGACUGCACCACAUCAGGAAUUCAAUGAGCAAUCUUCAGAGCCGGCUGAUGAACUCAUGGUUCCAGCAGCCGAACUUCUCGACCUACCGAUGUGGCUGCGCUUGUCUCAGCUCUUUAUGCAUCAGUCACCCGACCUGGGAAAUAGUUGGACGGACUUCAUCACCUCUCGUGAGGAAACCCCUUCGAUGUAUCAGACUUCUUUCCAGGAUUUCCAUAAUGUAACAGUCAGCUUGACUCGGCGUCUCGUACAGACUACCAUCUUCCAAACCAUGACUCGUCUGCGGGCACGCGACAAAGACCAGCCUAGCGCGGCAGUGACAACAUCCGAUGUCCGUACAGCUGUCGAGGUGUUGGAUUUACAACCGAACAUGCGCAAGUUCUGGGGCAGCGUGCCAAGGAGACAUGGCCUGCGGGUCUACGAACGCGGUUCCAAGUUUACAAAAGGUCAAUCUAGGGCUGGAGUCGAGCUUAGUCUUGAAGAAGCCGAGGAGAGAUUGGGCGUUGGUCAUACGUCCUCAGUGAACACGCAAGCGAGCGACAAUGUGAUGAAUACAGUCGAGGAUGAGGCGGAGGAAGACGUUCUAGGCCCCGAUCAAUACUACGAGGAUCCCGAACUUUGGACCGAGGCAUCCGAUAACGAGGAUGAGAGGCCCAUCACCAUAUCUGAUGACCAUCUUUCAGACGCCUCUGACGACGGAGACGCUGCUGCAUAUCAACCUACGGAUGACGAAGAAGCUCAAGAUGCCGCUAAGAAGAAACGCCUUAGAAAAGGACGACUGGAGCAAAACUACCGGAAAGCUCACGACGCGUAUCUCGAAGCUGUCGAUCAAGAAAUUAGCAGAGCGCAGGAAGUUGAGAUAUGGGACACUCUUGGUGUGCCGCCACCAAGCGAAGUCAAGGACGAGGAAGUCGAGAUACCCCGUCAACCCGUCAUCCGACGACGAUUAUCAGAUGCUGAAGACUGGAGAGAUGGCCUCGAGUAUCAGCCACUAUGGGAGAGAGGAUUCAAUGCUGUGCAACCAGAGACCUUUGCCAACAUGCAAAAUCGAGGCGAGCAGGCAAGGAAAAGGAGACGGCUCGCGUACGAUUAUCUUGAGCAAGAGGGUCUCGUCACACUCCCCCAACAGACACCUGAAGUCACCGUGAUCAGGAGGAAGAUCAAGCCGACUGAUGUUGAUAUCAAAAUGGACGACGCUCCGACUGAGGAGCCACUUGCCGCUCCCAUCCAGAGCUUCGAUGAUGGAGUACCGCGAAGAAAGCAUACCCAUCCCAACCCAAUUCUAAGCAGGGUUCAGAGCAGGGCCUCUUCCGUCCGCGCAGGUUCCCACGACACUUCUAUCAGCGAGUCUUCAAACCCAAAGAAUUUCAAUCUAGCGAAUAGGCUCACAACGCGCAAGCAAAGCCAGCAGAUUGAGGAGGGUCUGAAAAAGGCUCAAGAAGAGCGAGAAGCGGAAGUAAGACUCGCAGAAGAGAAACGUCAAGCCGAGGAGGAGCAACGAAAGGCAAGGAUGGCUUUCAAAGCGUUAUCCGAGGAAGAGAAGCGGGCAGUCAUGCAACAAAGGAAAGAGGAGAAAAACAGGAAGAUGCGAGAAAAGAAAAAGAUGGAGAAAUUAAAGCAGGAACGACAAGAAGAGCGAGAGAGCAAGCGACUUGCGAAAGAGGAGAAACAGAGGGCAAAGCAAGAAAAGCCAAAGAAGUCGAAGGAGCCAGAAAUCGAAGGGAGGAAGCGCAAAGCAACGGAGCCAGAUGUGGCAGGGGAAACUGAAGCACAAGAUGAUACGUUGGGCCAAGAGAAGCCAAAGGAACAAGAGACUUCUACCCAAGACCAAAAACUCGACCAAGGAACUGGAGCUGGACCCAUGGUAGAAGCGGCACCAGAAGCAGCGCGUAUUACACGAUCUCGGAGCAAGAAGCCCAGGAGGAAAUCUGGAUUCUAG